CGCUUCGGCCCUCCAGUCCGCCGCCGGCUCUUCCGCCGCCCUGCGCCAUGGCGGGCUGCGCGGCGCGGGUUCCGCCGGGCUCCGAGGCGCGCCUCAGCCUCGCUACCUUCCUACUGGGCGCCUCGGUGCUCGCUCUGCCGCUGCUCACGCGCGCCGGCCUGCAGGGCCGCACCGGGCUGGCGCUUUACGUGGCCGGGCUCAACGCGCUGCUGCUGCUGCUCUACCGGCCGCCGCGCUACCAGAUAGCCAUCCGAGCCUGUUUCCUCGGCUUUGUGUUUGGCUGCGGUGUGCUGCUAAGUUUCAGCCAGUCCUCUUGGAAUCACUUUGGCUGGUACGUGUGCUCGCUGUCACUAUUCCACUAUUCUGAGUACUUAGUGACAGCUGUCAAUAAUCCCAAAAGUCUGUCCUUGGACUCCUUCCUCCUGAACCACAGUCUGGAGUACACAGUGGCCGCUCUUUCUUCUUGGAUAGAGUUCACACUUGAGAACAUCUUUUGGCCAGAACUGAAGCAGAUCACCUGGCUCAGUGCCACUGGGCUGUUGAUGGUGGUCUUUGGAGAAUGCCUAAGGAAAGCUGCCAUGUUUACAGCCGGCUCCAAUUUCAACCAUGUGGUGCAGAGUGAAAAGUCCGACAGCCACACUCUGGUGACAAGUGGCGUCUAUGCGUGGUUCCGGCACCCCUCCUAUGUGGGCUGGUUCUACUGGAGUAUCGGAACCCAGGUGAUGCUGUGUAACCCCAUCUGUGGCGUGGUCUAUGCCCUGACGGUGUGGCGCUUCUUUCGUGACCGCACAGAAGAGGAGGAGAUCUCACUGAUUCACUUCUUUGGAGAGGAGUACUUGGCGUAUAAGAAGAGGGUGCCCACGGGCCUGCCCUUUAUAAAGGGCGUCAAGGUGGAGCUAUGACCGAGAGGGCCCUGUGGGACCAGGGAGCCUCGGGCCCUGUGCUGCCUGGGACAAAACUGCUUCCGGUUGCCACCACAGAAAGAGUUUCUUAACUGUUUUAUAUAUCACUAAUUACUCCUCAGAAUGUCACCCAAGACCUAAUGGUCAGGAGGCCUCAGGACCAAAGGACGCGGUGCAGCAGGGUCUCCAGGGUCUCGUACUGAGGAAGGGAGACAGAGCAGUGGAGGAGGAG